AUGUCUAGUUCAUUUUAUUCCAAAGAGGUCGAGGAAAAGGCUUCAACAUCGACUCGUGACGCGUAUCAUUCGGAGUCAAAUACCGAAAAUGACGCGACUUCUUCACCCCCUGCAGAGCUUUCCGAUUCUAUCGACCAAUCAAUCGAAUCGAGAGAGAGUACGAGCUCGAAUUUAACUAGUAAAGAUUCGAUUAAAGAGAAGAGAAUUGACCAAGCAAUUAUCACUGAAGAAGAAAGACGAAAUAAUAUAGAAUUUUUUGUUGGAAGAGGUUUAAAAACGCCAGAACGUUACAUGAAAAUUAGAAAUUAUAUUUUAAAUGCUUGGUUAAAGAGUAAACCAAAAUUCGUUUCUAAAACUAGCGUCAGGCCAGGGCUCAAGGAUUGUGGUGAUGUUAACGCGAUUGGACGGGUUCAUUUAUACCUGGAAUCAAUAGGUGCAAUUAACUUUGGUAAGGAUGCCGUAAAAAAGGAGAAGCGUCCUGUAAAAAGAAAGUCACUUGAUGAGACUACAAAGAAAUCGAAUACUAAUAAUGUAAAACGUAAGGGGAAGUCGGAAGACGGUGAUUAUCGUCGAAGCCGGGAAAAUCUCAAUGGAUCUAAAGAAAAUAGUGUAGAACCGGCAGGAGCAUAUGACAUGGUGGGCUCUUAUGAUCCUUUCCGGUUGGUUCCACCACAUCAUUAUACAUCGAGAAAUCCUGCGCCGUUUCGAGUUUCAGUUUCGACGAAUGUUAUGCUUUUGAUGGAUUUUCACGCUCAUUUGGCACAUACGGAAAUAAUUGGUUUGCUUGGUGGGCAUUUCUAUUCCGAUCGAGAACUCAUGGAAGUAACGUAUGCGUAUCCAUGCAAAAGCGCAAGUACAGGAUUUCAGUGUGAAAUGGACCCUGCUUCUGAGGUUGCCGCUAGAGAAGUUUUUGCCGAGAAGGGACUUGAAUUUGUCGGAUGGUAUCAUUCUCAUCCAACGUUUGAUCCACAACCUUCUAUCCGAGAUAUUGAAAAUCAGACUCAAUAUCAGGAAAUGUGGCGACGCGAAGAUGGUGUGGAGCCAUUUAUUGGGGUGAUAGUUACACCAUAUGAUAUCGAGCAUGAUUCUAAUGUGUCAAGAUUUCAAUUCUGGAUGAGUGGUACGAAUUACGAUCUUUCCGGACAAUUCAGGACCCCUUAUUCAUGCCCACAUUCCUUUUUACAAGAUGAAAAUUUGCCUGAAGAAAUAUUCUCGCAAAUGGCAGAUUUGGUCGAAGAAUACCAUAAUUACGAUCAGCGCGUAAAUAUGACUGAAUCAUAUCGAAAGGAUGAAGAACUUUCGAGGCUUGAUAAAUUGAUCGAGUCAUUAUCAUCACAUAUAACUGCUCCUUCGCAUGCAGCCGAAACUCUUAGUUCUCGAGUGCGAGAAUUAAUGAAUGGCGAUAUUCGUCCUGAUAAGAGCGAAGGAGAAGAAGAACAACUUGAAAGCGAUACAAAAUUAGGAAGGGAAUCAAUAUUAACUUAA